UGCAUGUCUGUAGUUAGUGAAAGCUUUGGAUUGGUGAAGUGUGGAGGGUAAUGUGAAUUGGAGUUUAACGAUUAUAAACAAUGGGUGGUAAAUUAUCGUCUUUAGAUCCUAUGGACGUUGAAGUGCCUAACUUGGACGAGCUUCUGCAGAGAGAUCCGUAUCUGAAACCAUAUGAGAGGGAAUUCAGGAAACGGUAUGCUUUCUUCAAAGAUUGUUUGGACAAAAUAGAAGCAUAUGAUGGUGGAAUACAAAAAUUCACUCAGGGAUACAAAUCGUAUGGUAUUCACGUAAAUCCUGACAAUUCAGUUACUUGUAAAGAAUGGGCACCUGGUGCUGCAGAGUUAUAUUUGUAUGGUGACUUCAAUAACUGGAAUAGGCAAAGUCAUCCAUAUGCUAGACGUGAGUAUGGAAAAUGGGAGUUGCAUAUUCCCCCAAGAUCUGACGGCUCCUGUCCAAUAGAUCACAUGUCAGAAAUAAAGAUAAUUGUAAAAACACAUUCUGGGGAGAGUGUGGACAGACUUUCACCUUGGGCACCAUACGUCUUACAGCCGCCAAAGUCAGAAGGCUACACAUUCAAACAAAGAUUGUGGAAUCCUCCCAAAGAUCAGAGGUACCACUUCAAGCAUCCUGAACCAAAAAGGCCAGAGAGUAUGAGAAUUUAUGAGUGUCAUGUUGGCAUAGCUACGGAAGAACCUAGAGUUGGAACAUACAAAGAAUUUAUUAAUAAUGUGAUACCUCGCAUUGUCAAAAAUGGGUACAACACGAUUCAGCUUAUGGCAGUGAUGGAACACACAUACUAUGCAAGCUUUGGCUAUCUAGUUACUAACUUCUAUGCUGCUUCAAGCCGUUUUGGUACACCUGAAGAACUGAAAGAACUUGUAGAUGCAGCUCAUGCCAAUGGGCUGUAUGUUGUUAUAGAUUUGGUUCAUUCACAUGCUUCCAAAAAUGUUCUUGAUGGCCUCAAUCAAUUUGAUGGAACCAACAGCUGUUAUUUUCAUGAUGGUCCAAGGGGUGACCACAGUAGCUGGGGCAGUAGACUCUUCAAUUAUACAGAGUAUGAAGUUCUAAGGUUUCUGUUGUCAAAUUUGAGAUGGUGGAAAGAAGAAUAUAAGUUUGAUGGAUUUAGAUUUGAUGGUGUUACAUCGAUGCUCUACCAUUCACAUGGGGCUAAUAAAGGAUUUUCUGGAAGCUAUGAUGAUUACUUUAAUCUUGACGUUGACACAGAAAGUGUUAUGUACUUAAUGAUGGCAAAUCACAUUCUACAUGAUCUGUAUCCAGAAAUCACAACUAUUGCUGAAGAUGUUUCUGGCAUGCCAGCAAGUUGCCGGCCAGUGAGUGAAGGUGGUCUAGGAUUUGACUACCGUUUGGCAAUGGCAAUACCCGAUAUGUGGAUAAAACUUUUGAAGGAAAUAAAGGAUGAGGACUGGGAUAUGGGUAAAAUUGUCUACACCCUAACCAACAGAAGAUGGAUGGAAAAAGCUGUAGCAUAUGCCGAAUCUCAUGACCAGGCCCUUGUAGGUGAUAAAACACUUGCAUUUUGGCUAAUGGACAAAGAAAUGUAUACACACAUGUCAGUACUUUCGGAGCCCACACCUGUCAUUGACAGAGGACUAGCCUUGCACAAAAUGAUCAGGCUAAUAACACAUGGACUUGGUGGAGAAGCUUAUUUGAAUUUUAUUGGUAACGAGUUCGGACACCCUGAAUGGUUGGACUUCCCUCGUGCUGGGAAUAAUGACUCUUACCAUUAUGCACGCCGGCAGUGGCAUCUCGUUGAUGAUGAGCUUCUUAAGUACAAAUUCCUGAACAAUUUUGAUGUAGCAAUGAAUGCAGCUGAAGAAAGGUUUGGGUGGCUUCACAAAGAUUAUGGUUAUGUCAGCUGGAAACAUGAAGAUGAUAAAGUCAUUGCAUUUGAAAGAGCAGAAGUUCUUUUUGCAUUCAAUUUUCACAUAUCGAAGAGCUUCACAGAUUACGCUAUUGGCGUGAAUGUACCUGGAGAAUAUAAAGUGGUUCUGAAUACUGAUUCUUCAGAAUUUGGUGGUCAUAAUCGCAUUGAUACCUCAGUCUCACAUUUCACAUCAAAUGAAGGAUUUGCAGGCCGAAAAUAUUCUAUUAAGGCUUACCUGCCAUCACGAGUUGCUGUACUAUUUGCAAAGGUUUAAACAUUAUGUAUUACUUUGUUGCUCUGAAGAGGUCUUAAUUGUUACCAUGUGAUAUUAGAUUUAGAGAUCAAUUCAGAAAAAGUUUUAUAUGAUUUGAAAUGAUUGCUUCUCAUCUUCAGUGUUUGUUGAAAGUUGAUUGCUAUAAAACUGCAUUUAUUUGAUGUCUUCUGAAAAACAAAUGACACUGUUGACACUAGUUGAAUUAUAUCUGUGAAAUAUAUUUUUAAUACUGUUAUUUGAAUGUAGUACUGAAAUAUAUUUUUACUGUUAAAUAAAUAUAGUGCUGCAUUAA